AUGAUGAAAAAGGGCUCGGUUUUUGCUGGCAAAAAGGGACCCUUAACCACUGUAUAUGGAACACCGGGGAAUAUUUCAUCGACAUCGACAUCGUUCUUUGAUAAUAGUCUUCAACAGAUACCACCCAGUGUACUGGGAGGACAUUCACGAAAUUGGCAAGCCACCCCUAUGAAUUCUCAUCGAUUUCCUCCAUCUCAACAGCCGAAUUCAACUACUAGCAUUCGAUCGCAUCCCAUGGUUGUUAAUACUCCCAAUUCGAGUAUGAUCAACCGAGCAAAACCGCAUACAUUACAAACGCUUGUGGAGAAUCUCAAUGAAUUACUUGCCGAACUUGGUAUUCCGCAUACAAUGCGUUAUGACACGAAAUACAGUUUCGAAGAUAUUCUCACUGUACUCGAUCAAUUGACCAAUCCAGCCCGGUAUGAAGUUCAUCGUUUUCAACCAUUUCCACCUUUACCACAACCGACCAAGGCUGGUGGAAAACUUUCACUUAGUGAUCGAUGGGGAUACCUAAAACAAGUUGCUCUGCUCUAUCGUCUAUCGACGGUUGAUCAGCUGUCUCGAAUCAAACCAGAACGUACAAUGGCACAUGAUCAUAUGAUAAUUAUUCUGGAAUUAUUGAUACAAUUAGCAACAUGUGUAUCGAAAAGUCAACAGGAACAAGAACGCAUCGCAACAAAUCAUUUUCUCAGCGAAUUCAAGUUGUUAAUGCGACAAAUGUUUUGGAUUGGCCGACAUGACCCAUCGGUCAUGGAAGAAUCCAUGUAUGAAUUACGACGUCACGUCUAUGCAAAAGAUAACCUGGAAGUUGUCGAUCGGCUGCAACAUGAAAAACAAAUGAAUGAAAUGACUACAGAACGUGAUCAGUUGAGAGAACAAUGCAAUGAAUUGAAGAUGACUCGCGAUGAACUAGAAAAUGAAUGUACAACGUUAACAAGUGCGAAUGAGAAUGAUAUGGUGGAAUUUACACGAAAACAAGAAGAAGAAGCGGAUGAGCAAUCAAAACUAAUCGAAUUGACACAAAUUGUCGAACAAAAAGAAAUGGAUAAAAAACAUUUAACUGAUCGCAAUCAAACACUGUCAGAUAAACUAUUUGCUCAACAAACGGAUGUUGAAUUACAGCGUCAUGUUCGUUCAAAUAGCGAACUCAAACAACAGCACGAAGUUCUUCUUUCGACAUUACUACUCGAACAACAAUUGCACACGACAGCAUCGAAUGAACACAAACGGCUCGUGAAAGAACUCCAAGAAUUACUUGGCAAAUAUCAAAUAUUACUUAGCGCAUACAAGCAUAAAGCUGUUCGGCCACCUCCGACAGCGGUUGAUUUCGAUUUGAGCGAUAUUAUUGGCGAUACAACAUCGAACAUAAACAACGAUUCGGUUCAACAAGCUCAGCUAGCGAUUGAAAACUUAACAAAAGAAAUUAGUGCACAAGAAAUCUUACUCACCCAACGUCAUCGUGAGCUCGAGCAAGAAUCCAAACAAAAAAUCGAAGAAUUACAAGCAGCUGAACGCGAUUGGAAAUCAGCUGCUAAGCAAGGCCAGCGGCGAGCAGCUCAGCAGAAUGAAUUGAGUCGUUUUCAACAAGAAAUUCGACUGUUAACAACGAAAAAUAUCGAUCUCGAACGACGUAUCGAAGAAAAGAAAAACUCCACAGGCGAAUUGAAAAAAGAAUUCGAUCGAAUCAAAUCUGGCAUUGUCGAACUGUUAGUUCGUUUCGAAACAUUGGAAAGCAAUUAUAUCACUAAGGAAGAUGAACUUCGACAACAAUUAGCCUGGUUUAUCUCUGAUCAAACGCAAUUGGCGAAAAUCUAUCGACGCGAUGUCGAAGAAAUAAAGCGUAUGCAGCAGGAGCACAUGUCGAAACUGGAUAUCAAUAUGAACACAACAUCAUUUGACGAACUCAUUCAACAGCAAGUCAAUAAGUAUUACCAAUACCGCAACAUUGACGAUGAUGAUGAUGAUGAUGAUGACGACGAUGACGAUGAAACGAAUAAUCAUCGAAAUGAAAAACGCACGAUAAAUGAGUCAGAUAAAUUGCAUGAAGAGCAUGUUCUAUGGUUGAAGAAGAAGAAACGAGACACGAAAAAUAUGGCACCGUUCGUAGAACGACUUCAGGAACUUCAUGAUCAUAUGCAAAUACUCAACGUCAAAUAA